AAGUUCUGCAAAGAAUUAUAAGCAAACAUUAAGAAAAACCCACAUUAGUUCUGUCUCUUCUUCUAUAUCUGACUUGAAAGUACCAAAACCGAUCAUAUCCUUCCCCUUCCCUCGCUCUAAUCUCUUGUUUGAAAUCUUUUCUCCAAAUGAGGCUUUCUGUAGUAGUUUCUCUUCUGCUUUUGUCCUUUCUCCUUCAACAGGCUCAAGGGAUUCGUUUAGAAAAAGGAUUCAAGCAAGUUGGAGCUCAAAAGGUCCAGGCGGAGAAGAGUCCUUCGAAAGAAAAAAGUAAUGAUGGUGGUGUACUGGGAGAAGCCAUUCUCUGCAAAGAAGGGCAAUGUACAGGAAUGAAUAGGAAACUUAUUGCUGUGACAACCACUACUUCUAGCAGUACUACUAUCACCAUCUCUAAGAAUGAGAAGAAUGGAGAAAAUAAAGCUGACCACAUAUCCAAGGGGAGAUCAACUAAUGGAGAAAUAGUAGGAGAAAAUGAAAAAUUAUCUGUUAAUUCUUCGCCGAAUUCUGAGCAUCGAGUUACCAAGGAUCAUUACGAGGAAAUUAUGGACUUGACUGAAAUGGACUAUUCUCCAGCAAGGCGAAAGCCUCCGAUACACAACUAAGUAUAGUAGGUACAGCACUGAAGAGAGAAUUAAAGGCUUCUUGAUUAGGAUAUAAUAAAGUGGAUAGAAGUUAAACAGCAUUACAGGAAUGCUGCAGGUUUUUAGGGUUAGCUAGGAAUGAUUUUGUACAUAAGAUAUCCUAUUUUAUUAAUAUUAUAGAGAUUCUUAUACCAUGAUGUUGAUGAUUAUUGAAUCAUCAUGAGCACAUUGUGGAAGCUGACUAGGCUUUGUAACCCUUGAAGUUACAUGAAAGGAUAAAAUAAUAUCAUAUCGUUUCAAUGCA